AUGUUCAGGGGCCCCAAAGACACCCCCUUGGGGGCCCUCGGGGGGCCCCCUGUGGGCCCCCCUGGGGGGCCCCCCAAGGGGCCCCUUGAUGACUUUGUGUGUCGCGCUAGGGCCUCAAGUGGGUCUGAGCUGCUGCAGGUUAUAGAGGAGGCCCUGCUGCAUCCGGAUGUCUUUGUUUAUGGGGAACUGCUUGCGUUAGAGAAUGUGCAGCAAUUAGAGAGCACCUCAGGUUGUGUUGAGGGGCCCCCUUGUGUAGAAGGGGGCCCCCGUGCUGUCUAUCUGCUGCGUUUGCUGGCCUCUGGCACUGUCGGAGAUCUUGUAGAGAUGAAUAAAAAACUUCAGGGGGCCCCUAUACCCCCUUUGCUGCUGCAGAAGCUGAGGCUGCUAACUAUUGUCUCUCGCUGCUCUGUCUCCUCACGUGUCUCUUUUAAAGAUCUUCAGAAAGAUUUGGAGGCCCCUGGAUGCUGCGAACAAAUGGGGGCCCCUACAAUGCAUGCAGGGGCCCCCAAGGAGGGGCCCACACCAGAUAUGUUGGGGGGGGAGCCUGCAAGCAAUUCCCCUCUAAGCGUCUCUGGUGCAGCAGCAGCAGCAGCAACAGAUGCAGCAGCAGCAGAUGGAGCAACAGAUGCAGCAGCAGCAGCAGAUGCAACAGCAGCGGAUGCAGCAGCAGCAGCAGGUAGAGCAGCAGCAGUUGCAGCAGCAGCAACAGCAGAUACAGCAGCAGCAGCAGCACAUACAGCAGCAGCAGCAACACAUAUAGCAGCAGCAGAUACAGCAGCAGCAGGUGCAGCAGCAGCAGAUGCAGCAGCAGGGAAGGCAUAUCUAACGGAGUUGGAGGUGGAGGAGUUAGUGGUGAAGUGUCUCCGUUUAGGGUUGGUGUGGGGCCGCAUAGACGGGGAUUUGGGGUGUAUAGACACCUGGGGGGCCCUUAACAGAGACCCCUCAGAGACAGAUAUCGAGCCUAUGCUCGCUGUGUUGAAGAGCUUUUAUCAACGGACCCAUCAAACCCUUCUUCUUUUAAUUGCUGCUAAAGACAAACUGCAGCAGCAGCAAGACACACCAACCUAA